AUGCAGAUGCAACCUGGUGGUCCCAAAAUCUACUUCCUCGUCGGGCGAAAGGAUUCAUCCGUGCCUAGCGCCGAGGGCGUGCUGCCCACACAAGACUCGGACGCAGCCACCCAGAUCUCCGCCUUCAAGAACAAAGGAUUCUCUGCUACGGAUCUUAGCUUACAGGAGCUGUCUCUCGACUCGACCCCGGAGGAGCUGGAUAGCACCCUUUUCUACCCGGAAACGCUAGAGGAGACGACACCGACCUCCUAG